CCGAUCAGUUGGUUCUUGGCAGCUAGAAGAUUGGGCAGGAAAGUCAUUUACCAAGCAGUGUAGUGCACGUCGAGCUGGAUAACUUUCGAAACAGCAAAAAGAGAAUUUCCACGUGUUUUUCGCAGAUUUGAGAAUGAAAUCCGCAGGAUUCCUAUCCAACGGCACUGAAGUUUUGCAGAAUAUGGGCUCCUUUCAGCGGCUGUUUGGACCUAUGGAGAUCAAACGUUCCUCACCUAAGCGAGGCUUUUUGGCCAAUCAUGAUGUUACCCAUAGAAAUCCUGUAACGGGACAGGGAAUGCCUUCGCCGCAUUGCAAAGCAGCUAAACGGAAAGCCAAAGAACAGCAAGAUCUUUCACGCAGAAAUCCGGUAACUGGUGAGGGAGUUUCUUCGUGGGACUGUAAAGCGACUAAAAGGAAAACCAAACUGAACCAAGAUGUCACACACCGAAAUCCGGUAACCGGACAAGGAGUUUCUUCAUGGGAUUGUAAAUCGGAAAAACUGAAAGCCAAAGUGCACCAAGAACGCAAUCCCGUUACCGGCGAUACGUACUUGAUAGCUUGUCCAACAGAAAGCCCGACUAAACUAAACAACAAUUCGGCCAUCUACAUCAAAACCCAGGCCAUUCAGAAUGGAAACAUGUAAUUUUUCGACUACCGACAAGCGACUUUUUGCUGAAUAAUUAGGUUCAGAUUAAUUAUUUUAUUAUUACUAUUUAGAUUACGCACUUGGAUGUUUUUUCUUGUAGAUCCACAUUUUAUUUUUGCUCUAGCAACAAGAACUGGGAUUUUUGUUGCCUCGACCAUCUAUCAUUGCUAAAAAUACGUCAUAUUUUAUUAUACGACUAAUAUUUUUAAUUACUUGUUAACUUUAGAACGGUCAAGUUUCAUCGACUUAAGUUUCCGCCCUUAAGUGAAGACUGCUGAAACACUCGCCGAUUCUAAAACAUCUUAUUGUCUUAGUUUUAGUUGUUUAUUUAAUAUUACUGUAAUCAGUUAACAAAGUAACGCUCUAGAGGAAGUUUUAUUUAUCAGAUAUAUGCGUUUUAUAUGA